GGACAGCAUCAACAGAAUGUGACUGAUCUUGUUUGAUAUUUCCAUUGCUUGUUAACGGCUUUGUGGCACAACCUGAGUGUUAACCUUCUCUGGAAAAACAAAAAAGAAGCCAAUUAUCUCUCAUUUUAAGUAGGUUAGCCAUUUGUGUAUAUAUUACUUUUUUCUGUUUUUUUUAAAUCAGGUUGUCCUGGAUACUUCUUUAUUGGGAUGAACAAUCCACUGCAGAAGCUAUUUGCAUUUCUGUUGUCUUCUGUCUUGUCGUCCAUACGGCUGAGAGAGAUCCCAUUGCUGGACAGAGAGGACACUGCGCUCGACAAGGUGCUGGAUCUUCGGACUGUUCAGACAGAAAAGGAGGAAAGGCAAAGGAGAGUGAAGAGAGGAGGAGGACGGGGCAGCUGCAGUGUGGGCAGGUCUGUAGGGGGCGGUGGAGUGAGGCAAUUUGUCAGGGUGGCCAUUGAAAUGUCAGCAGCAUACUUCAUCAGUCCUUGCUGGAAACAUGGAAGGUGCGGUGUCAAAGAAACUUGCUGCAAGAGUUGGAGAGAAAUUGCUACAAACUGAUUUUAUUCUCGUGAGACAUGGAGACAAUAUGGCUUUAUCAGUUUCGUCUGAUCGUCAUCGGAGACUCCACAGUCGGCAAGUCGUGCCUGAUCCGGAGGUUCACUGAGGGCCGCUUCGCCCAGGUGUCAGACCCAACCGUCGGGGUGGACUUCUUCUCCCGCCUGGUGGAGAUUGAGCCGGGCAAAAGGAUCAAACUGCAGAUCUGGGACACUGCAGGACAGGAGAGGUUCAGGUCUAUUACCAGAGCCUACUACCGCAAUUCAGUGGGUGGUCUCCUAUUAUUUGACAUCACAAACCGUCGCUCCUUUCAAAACGUUCAUAACUGGGUGGAGGAGGCCCAGAGCCACGUCCAGCCGCACAGCAUCAUCUUCCUGCUAGUCGGUCACAAGUGCGACCUGGAGGCCCAGCGUCAGGUGACCCAGCAGGAGGCGGAGAAGCUGGCAGGAGCCUAUGGGAUGCGCUACGUGGAAACGUCAGCACGAGACGCCAUCAAUGUGGAGAAGGCAUUUGUGGAUUUGACAAGGACCAUUUUUGAACAAGUGCGCUGCGGGGACAUCAAGAUCCAGGAUGGCUGGGAGGGGGUUAAGAGUGGAUUUGUUCCCAACACUGUCCAUUCCUCUGAGGAGGUCACCAAGGGCAGCCGGCAGUGCUACUGCUGAUUUACCUGUCUGUAGCAUGUGAAGGUGAUAAAUCCUUCAGUGGGCUCCACCUGUAAGACACUUCUGUCUCUCUCUCACCAUGGCUGCACUCAGGCCAGUUUUUGGAACUCAUGGUACUGUACCUCCCUACUCAGAUAACACAUUUACUUUCUUAUUUCUAUAUUCUACACACAAUACAUUGUUUUGUCUUUUGGGUGCUUAUUUAUGGCUUUCACCAAACCUUGGACACUUUGUCGAUGUUCCUAACAGCGUAGAAGCACAAGAAACAUCCUAAACCCUCACUGCUCUGUGUGCUUGUCUGUGGGGCUGCAAUAACUGUCAGCUCUUACCAACACUUCAGCUUUCCUCCACCUUCAGCCUUUCCUGAUGUAAACAGUUCUAAUCCAGUGUGUUUUAUUUGUUGUUGCUGCACAUUUCUAAAAGGUCAGCAGUGCCAAGACUGAAUUAUGCUUCUUUCUUUUCAACCAUAACACUCAGAAUAUACAAGAUUUUACACUGUGAAAAUGUUCAGUGGUACAUUUGCUGUUUGCUGAAAGGAAAACUACUGUAGCUGCUACUUAUAGCCAUUAUGGGUAGCUCAUAGCGAGGCUGUGUAUCAGUAUGGAAGUACCUAAACACUUGGUGUUGGUUUACAGGUGAGGACAGUUCAGAUUUAAAGCCUUUUAUGGAAACCCAGAGUGUUCAAUAAUAAUAAUAAAUAAAAACAACAUUGAAAUUAAUAAUCAUAUGAAUUGUUGAAAAUAUGGACUUUCACAGGCCAUUUGUGAAAUUCAAGAAAUAUUAAAACCUUAAGUCAUUAUUUUGAAAUGUAUUUCAUUAUUCUUACUUAAUGGAGUUUGUGGGUGUUAUUUUUAUUGUGAUUAUGGACAUUAUUAUUUUAAAGUGCUAUUUUUCAAAAGUCUGUUUUUAUUUUCAUGCCUUUUUAUGUCCCGUUACUACAGUAGCCUAGAUGGGACAUUAUGUUCAUGCUGCUGUCUGUGACUCUGCAAUAGACAUGUUCUUGAACACAGUAAGUCUGGAACAAUUCAAAGCAGAAACUCUGUACAUAUAAAGUAGAUGGUCUGGUAGGAAUUUGCAUAAAUGUGCAUUUUAAUGAGGGGACUGAUUUCACAAAAACUACAUGUCAACCUAACACAUUGAAAUGAUUACCAGAUAGAUACCAUUAUGCAAAAAGACUAUGUAUGUUGGUAGGAAAAUAAUACAGACAGAAUGCAGCAAAGUGCAGUACAACUCACGUUACCAGUAGGAAUUCUGACUAUUGACACAUACAUAGUGAUGGCUGAUCGAGGCUUUGUUGAAGCUUCCAUACUUUAUUCAAAAAAUGGUUCAUUACUCCAGGCUCCAAUGACACAGUGCUCGAGCAGGACAUCUGGUGGUCAAUAAAAUUAAGUGCAAUCGAGACGUGUCAUUUGUUGGUUCAUGGAUUCUUUGGGAUUUGAUUUGCCAUGCACAUUCCUGUUCGACUACACUACAUGGCUGUAUGGUUUCAUGCUGACACUAAAGUAUAAAAUGAACAUGAACUCAUGUUGAAGACCAUGUUUCUAAUUUGGCACGUCUGAUUGUAGUAGGCUAUAGCUAUAUGCUUAGCCUGACAUUUUGUGCAAUGACUCAUAUCCUAAAACAAGUCUGAAUAACCCAUAGCUUAAAAGAUGUUGAAUAGUGGGUGUUCAGUAGGCUGGAUGGCAAAUGUGAUCUCAUUUUAAAUGUUUAAUUGAUGAGCUAAAGUUCUGUUGGGAAUCGAACCCAUGCUAUAUUGUUGCAAGACUGCCGUUUUCACCAUAAGUUCAA